UAGAGUGUGUGUCAGGUUUCAUUCUGAGAGAGACUCAAGCGCGCAGCAGUCAGAAAAACCCGUCAAAUGGCACGACUCAUCCGCGCGGACUCCCAUUAGAGCCGGACCUUACUGAACCACAAUCUCCAUGCACUUGAACCAACAGCAUGCCUCCCUUGAGGUCGCAUUGAUGAUAUAUAUACAUAUAUAUGUAUAUAUAUGUAUAUAUAUAUAUAUUCAGAUGAAAAUGAGUUAUGUUUCAGUGAACUUUUAAUUACCCGUAAGGAGAACUUUUAAUCGCUUCAUUUGAACCCCGACCCUGCUCAGCCUGAUUAAGUGGUGGAUAAAUAUUUACUAUAUAAGCUACGUCUCACAGGACAUGGAGGACACGAAAUUGAGAGUAUCACCCCAGUCCAACCAUGGCAGGACUUGCGUGGAGCAUCCUUGGCAAAAGCGCCUUUGGACAAACUGGAAGGACGUGUACGGUACAUGCGUGUGCACCGCACUGUGUUUGAUCUCGUUUGGAGUUUGCGUGUUGCUUUACCUGAAGACGUCCGAUCUGCAGUCCAGGGUGCUCAGUUUAGAAAAGGACAGAGAUCCCCGAGUCUCAGGUUGGAUCUCUCUAGAACAGGUGGAGCCCGUCUUCUGGAGUCGAAUAGAUCAGAUUUUAGAAGAGAAAUUAGCAGCACGUCUUCCGAAGAUUCGGACGGCGCGGGAUGCAUCUCACAGCUGUCUCUGUCCACCAGGAUCACCUGGUUUGAGGGGAAAGAAAGGCCGUGAAGGGGAUCCAGGACCUCCCGUAAGUAGACGUGAUGCCUUUGUUGACUGGAUUGUGGUAAUGUGACCCCAAACUCUGUGGCUUUCUGUGUAUCUGUGCGUGUUUUUAAAGUGUGAAUUUUUCUUUCUUGAGUCCCC